ACUCAUUCUGCUCGCGACAGUAAAAAAAAUCGGAUCGAAGUGUAAAUCGGUGUGAAUUAAAUUAUUCGCUGUGAUGUGAUAAAAACUAAACGGCAGCGAGUGCUCGUAGGAAACGCGCAAAUGUUCGGCGAACAGUGUCCCCAAAUCGAAGGACCUUGAAACGAAAUUGGAGACCAAAACAAAAGUGACGUCAUAAUGGUGCUAUUUAUGUAUUUGUAUAUCGCCUGCAGAAGUUAGCUGGUAAACAUGACACAAUAAAUUAGUGAAACAGCAAGGCAACGACGAUCGAAACGGGUCUAAUUUUUAUACAAACCCCCCAACACCCCCGAAGAAAUCCCAAUUAAAGUGCCCUACGAUCCACACCCGCUAAAAUGGCCAGCGUAUGGAAGCGAUUGCAGCGCAAUUUCAAGCGAGCCGCCAAAUUCCAGUUCACCGCAUCGUACCACGAUCUGCAUCUGGAAACCACCGCCAAGUGGCGGCCGUCGAACCUCUCUAUCGUUUGGACCAGAAGAUCUAGACGAGUGGCCAGUGCUCCUUUGCCAUGGGAGCCGGACAUGAUGAACCCCCUGGUGGGCAACAUAGCCUGGCCAGUGCCCGACAAUCACACCAUAUCUGUCACCCUAUUCAAGGAUCCCCGGACACACGAGCUAGAGGACAAGGACUGGACGUUCGUCAUCGAAGAUGUCACUCCGAUGGGCAAGAAACGUGUGCUGGCCAAUGCCAGCAUCAAUAUGAGGAAGUAUGCCAGCAUAGAAUCCACUCAGCAGAGCUUUACAUUGACACUAAAGCCAGUCUCGAAGAAGAUUACGGCGGCCAGUUUGGAACUCACGAUCAGCUGUGUAUUCUUGCGAGAAGGAAAGGCUACAGAUGAGGACAUGCAGAGCGUUGUCUCCAUGAUGUCCGUGAACAACAAUGAUGUGGCGCCUUUGGACGAUCUGGAGGAUAUUCCCGAUCUAGAUGGCUUUAGUGAGAUUACGGACAAUUUUAAUGACUUCACCCAGCAACUGGAGCAUAUGACAACUAGCCUAAAUGGCUGCAUUGAUGUGGCCACGCCUCAAAGUGUACCCUCGUUAUCUGAAGAUCCAACUCCGUUGGCCGAGUCAUUUAAUCACUUGCAUUUUGAACUAGAAGCCGACGGCAAGCGGGAAGCUGCCAAGUUAGACUUGCCCACAGCUGCAUCCGGUGGUUCUAGUGGUGCUGAAGAGUCCCUGAAAACGCCGAAUGGAUUGCAACCGCUGGUGGACAAAACGCCAAUAAAGUCACCAGAUGAAGUUAAGCAGCCACAGCAGACACCGGCGGAGUCAUUGAAGUCUAAAACUAACGAGACCUUUGACAAAAUGAUCACCUCAACACCCCUCGAACCCAACAUUAACAAGGAUGAUGUGAAGCCAAAGAAGAAGAGGGCUCUAUUCUUCACUGAGAAGGAGGAUGAGCAGGCCUUAAGGGUGGAAAGUGUCAGUGAGGAUACCACCAAGACUAUCGGCGACAACAGCACCACUAAGGAAAAGCCCAAAGAAGUAAGCCAGUCCAGCAAGGAUGCCUCAUCCGUAGUGGUUCCGAGUGCCAAGCGCCCUGAACUGCAGCCCCUAAACUUAAAGAAGAGCUACGAACCCUCGCCGACACCUGAACCCGCACCUGCAGCCGCACCCGCACCCGCAUCUGUGAUAAACGAAUCGAUUGGAUCGGGUUUUAGUACCUCUGGCUCGUUGAACAACAGCCUCAAGCCGGUGGAGAAGAUCGUGCUGAAGGAGAACACGCCCGGGCAGGAUCUGCUGGAGUGGUGCAAAGAAGUUACCAAAGACUACCCCAAUGUGAAGGUUACCAACCUGACGACCAGCUGGCGCAACGGCAUGGCCUUCUGCGCUAUUAUUCAUCACUUUGUGCCGGAGCUCAUUGACAUGUCCAAGCUGAGCGCCCAUGACGUAGUGGGCAACUGUCGGAUUGGCUUCGAUGCGGCGGAGUCAUUAGGAAUACCUCGUGUAAUCGAGCCGCGCGACAUGAAUAUGCUGACAGUACCAGACAAGUUGGCCGUGAUGACUUAUUUGCAUCAGUUGCGGGCGCACUUCACCGGCAAGCAGCUAAAAAUUGAGCAAAUCGGUUCAACGGCAGACGAGUCGAGCUACGUUAUUGGAGACUACAAGUCGGACAAUUUGUCGCAGAAUCGUAUUAACUUUUCACACCCCAAGUCGUUGUUGCUGCAUCAAAACUCAUUUGAUGAGGAGUUAAAUGGUUCAAAUAAGUCGGAGCAACUAUCUCCCACAAGCAAAAAGGAUGUGAAGAAUCUGAUUUUGUACAACUCCAAGAAUAUUCUGGACAAGGUGCUGUCGCCCACCAAGGACAAGAACUCUAUCAACGCAUCGCAGCACGCAAAUCAGUCGCCCAUGCUCAGCUGCCAGACGCCGCCGCCGCAGGAUGAAUCGCUGGAUAAAGGGUUGCAGCCGGGUGGCAAGGAGAACAGCUCCAUAACCACCAUUGAUCCCCAGGCAGCCAGUCGAAUUUUAACGCGCCACAAGCUGAUGAGCGAAAAAGCCAAGCUGAUGAUGGAAAAGCGAAAGCUUAACAAAACCAGCGACGCGAACGAUGAGGAGAGGCAGCAGCGUCUGCGGGAACAGGCUCGUCGCCUUAUCCUGGAGACUCGUGUGAAGAGCGGUGGCUCUAUCGAGAGUCCAACCAGGCCCAAGUUGGAGCGCACCAUCUCGCCGAUCCAUAAUGGGGCCGAGGAGUUCUACAUGGAGCACGUGAAAAAGCUGGAGCCAGGCAGUCCUAGUCAUAGGUUAAGUGAUCCAAAGGUUCUACAGUCCUUCAACGCAAUCGUGGACCGCGUCUCACCAAAGCACGAGAAGAGGGGUGACAAGCUGUCCUACAUCGAUUCCGAGCUGGAGGCCCUCGAGCGGGAGCAGGAGGCUAUCGACCAGAAGGCCAGCAAUCUGGAGGCCAAGCUGCGCGCCGUAAUGGGCGGCAAUCCAAGUAAUAAUCGUCGGGGUGGCGCUAGAAACAGCAACCCCUUCCUUAGGCUAAUCCGUAAUAGUAUUGGUGGUGGUGAUGUGAUACGCAUUAAGCUGCUCGAUUCGGAUGACGAGAGCCUUUUUGGUGGAGGUGCCGGUAGUGGUGGCGGUCGAAGCGGAGCGUGCAGCGAGGACGACGACAGGGACUCGUCCAGCGAUAGUGUCUGCAACUCCGGCGACGAGUUGCACACGCGUCUGCGCCCCCGGCCACGCUCCCAUUCGUGUUUUGUGAAUGUGAACAAGAACCAUCCAUCGACCAUAAACACGCCCGCUCAUCUGCGCCCGCAUCAUGUGCAUCAUGUUGUGCCCUACACCCACCUGCUAGACAGUUCCCCGUCGGCGCUCUCCUCGCAGCAGUCUUCCUGUGAUAAUCUGCCUGCGUGCAGCGAUGAUGACGAGGUCCUGGCGCUGGCGGCCACCGGUCGUGCGGCCUCCUUGCGGCGGCAGCAGGAUCGCCAUAGGCGACGCCGUCAGCGGCGGGAGCGGCGCUCCCAUUUAUGUCACAGUCCCAGUCAUUGUGAGACCGAGGAGACAGAGGAGCAACUGCUAUCGCAAUGGUUCACGCUGGUCAACAAGAAGAACGCACUCCUCCGACGACAAAUGCAGCUAAAUAUACUCGAACAAGAAAAAGAUUUGGAGCGAAAGUAUACAAUGCUUAAUCAAGAGCUCCGCGCAGCGCAGUCUGUGGAAGAUUGGCGCAAGACGGAAGUUCAGCGGGAGAAGGAGCGACUGCUGCUCGAGGAACUGAUGACGAUUGUCGACAAGCGCGACCAGUUGGUUCAGCAUUUGCACAACCAAGAGAUAGCGAUCGAAGACGACCAGGAGAUUGCGAGAAAACUGGAGCACGUGGACAUCAGUGCUGAAAAAGACAAAUGUGUUCUUCAAUAGAAAUCGAAAUUAACCAAACCUGACUGGAGAUUAUACUUACACACACUCAAUCUUAUCUAUGUAACUAGUUAGAUAACAACUAUGUUCAGUGACACGCGAUAAGGUCGCGCGGUUUUUGUGGUUCGGUGUCGCUUCUUAUGCAAUCGUUAUAUCCAACGACAACAAAUACUUGGACCACUUGGUAUGGUUAU